ACUAAAAAAAAAAAAAAAUCUAGCAAUAAUUAUAUAGUUUCUCGUACGUUCUCCGCUUCUGAAAUUUUCUUAAUUCUAUAGUAUUGCUAUUUUAUUCCAUUAAUUGUUAUUUACACUUAAACACAGUGAAAUUGAUUGAUUUGAUUUAUUCCUUUGCCAACCAGUGUUUUUGUAGUACGGUGAUAAUAAUUUACUUUUACGAAUUCUGUGUGCAACAAUCAUACCUGUUUGUAUUGCAUCUAAGAAGCUUUCUUAUUUAACGAUACAAUGACGACUCUAAACCUUGGCAGAAAGGAUGGAGGGCCAGGUUAUGUGGGCAUUCAGUUUUGUUUGGAAUGUAAUAACAUGCUUUACCCGCGUGAAGAUAAAAACAACAAAGUGUUGUUGUAUGCUUGUAGAAAUUGUGAUUAUAAACAACUAGCGGAUUCAAACUGUGUCUAUGUUAACAAAAUUAUGCACGAAGUGGAUGAGUUGACCCAUAUCAACCCUGAUGUAGUGAGUGAUCCAACAUUGCCUCGUACUAAGGAUCACAUGUGUCCAAAAUGUAGCCACAGAGAAGCUGUAUUUUUCCAAGGGCAAACAAGACGUGCUGAAGAAGAGAUGAGACUAUAUUAUGUGUGCACAAGUUGUAAGCAUAGGUGGACUGAGUGAAAUUUAGAAUUAUUUGCUGUAAGAAAUAUUUUAAGGACAAUAAAUGUAACUAUUAUAAGAUUUA